UCUUAAUUUAAUCUCAGAAUUUUGACUAUUUUACAGUAUUAAAAAUAACUUUUUCUUCCGUAUGAAACGGAAGAAAUCUGUACGCCGGAGACCUUUAACUCUUGUCGCCAUGGUAACAGCACACUUAGCAAAGCAGCUAACGCUAGGAGUUUUUGAAUUUAGCUAACGUCUCUACGGGCAGCUGGAUGCUACGUUUGUCGUUCAGAAGCGUUUAGGGAAAGAUGGAAAGCUUCAUAUAUGACUCGGGAACAAAAACUGUCCAUGAAUCGGCGCAGGGUGUGGUUCUCCGAGCGGGUAAAGACCUCCCUGUUGUCGGUGACCUCAGGGUCCUGGACAACCUGCGGGCCCUGGAGGAGACCUGCCGGGUGUCCUCCUGCUUCUUCGGGAAAGUUCAGAAGGACAUCCUGCCGCACAUGAGGAGGAUUGUCACCGUGUGGAUGUUAAAGGUGUGUGAGGAGCAGCUGUGUGAAGAGGAGGUGUUUCCGCAGGCGGUGCACUACAUGGACUCUUACCUGAGCCGUUUUCCUAUCGAGAGGUCCAAGCUGCAGCUUUUAGGGGCGGCUUGCAUGUUCAUAGCCUCCAAAAUGAGAGAAACUGUCCCCCUGACAGCUGACAAGCUUUCUGUCUACACAGACAACUCCGUCUCAGUCUCAGAUAUUUUGCAGUGGGAGGUGGCGGUGGUGUCCAGGUUAGACUGGUGUCUGGCCUCUGUGGUCCCCUCUGACUUCCUGGAGCCCAUUCUUCAUGCUCUCCCUUUCGUCCAGGCCCCUCACCUCCAGCACAUCCGCCGACAUGUUCACUCCUACAUCGCUGUGGCAACAAUGGAUUGCAGGUUUUUAUCCUUCCUGCCCUCUACUCUUACAUGUGCCUGUGUGAGCACCGCCAUACAGAAAGUAAAGAUGGUGGACAGCCACAACUUAGAGUCAGUUAUCAAGUUUUUGGCCAGCCUGUUGGCUGCUGAUCUGAGUACUCUCAUCUGCUGCUGCGAGCUGUUAGGAAGCGUGUUGGAGCUCAGUCUGCCCUCCUGUUUCUAGGAGGGAGUUGGCAGGAGAGAAGCACACAGUUCAGAGAUCAGCUACACUCCUGCAGACAUCCAGGAUGUUAUCCUGACACCGCUUAUACCAUCUCAGGAAAUUAAGCUCAAACAUUCCUCCCUGCCAUGAACUAUUCAGAUGAUUUAAACAGAAGCCAGAAGACUAAAUUUGGGAAACAGCGGAG